AUGGAUGAGAAAUGGUUCUAUAUGAACCCUGACAAGAGGAGGUUUUACCUCCUACCUAGUGAGGAAGAUCCUUAUAGGCCUAUACAGUCUACAAGAUUCAAGCUCAAAGCAAUGUUUAUGGGCUUAAUUGGGAAGCCAUUGUAUGACACAGAUGGGGGACUACUUCAUGAUGGGAAAUAUGGAAUAUUCCCAUUUACAGUCAAACAACUAGCCAAGAAGUCAAGUAAAAACAGAGUAGCAGGAACAUGGGAAACAAAAGCAAUACAAAAUGUAAACAGAGAGGUCAUCAGAGACAUGUUGGUGGCCAAUGUCAUUCCAGCAAUUAUUUCAAAGUGGCCUGACAGUCAGCCAAAAAUUAUUGUAAUCCAAUGGGACAAUGCAAGGCCCCACCAAGUUCCUACUGAUGCAAAGUUUAUGGCAGCAAAAACAGCUCAUGGAUUUAACAUUCAAUUUGUUUUCCAACCACCACAAUCACUAGAUUUGAAUGUGCUUGACUUAGGGUUGUUUAGGUCAAUUCAAUCAUUGCAAUAUCAGUCUUUUCCUAGCAACCUAGAUGAGUUAGUUACAAAAGUGCAAGAAUCUUAUGAGGCAUUCAAUCCUCAAGUCAACAAGUACAUUUGGUUGUCUUUGCAAAAGUGCACGAUUGAGAUCCUUAAGGUACAAGGUGGGAAUAAGUACAAAUUACCCCAAAUGAACAAGAAAAAACUCGAAAACCUUGGAGAGUUGCCAAAUAAUGUACCAGUGCAGAAGGAACUUGUUUUGGAGGCAGUGAAGUACCUAGACACUAUGUUUAGGCCAGUAAAUGAGGGGAUUGAACAAGGAACAGAAGAAUUUGAGGUAGAUGCAGACUGA